AUGAAGUCUAUACUUUUAUUAUCUCUUUCAAUCGUUAUCAAUCAGUCAUUAGCCAAGAAUUCACAUACAAUAGUUUUAUCGAUUUUCUACAACGCGCGAUAUCUAUGUGUUGAUCCGCAAUGUUCACCAUUUACAACUGUUGUCACACCAAGUUUAAGAUCUUGCCAAUCAGCUUGUUUAAUCAAUACAGAUUGUCGGACAGCGAUCUUUGAUCAAUCAAAUCAUCAAUGUGACCUAUUCAUUGAUAUUGUUCGACAAUAUGGUCAAAUGAUAACAAAUGAAAAUGUUGUAACUAUGACUGCAAUUGAUAAUCGACAACUAUCAGCUAUAAGCGAAAGAAACUGGAUCAUGAAUGGUGAUGCAGAAACGGGUCCAUGUGCAUCAGAUAGUAGUGUUGUAAGUCCAACUGAUUGGAAUCAUAAUGGAACAGUCACACAGGUAUACUAUAACAAUCCAUCCUCAUCUCAACUAACUACCGACCCUGGACCAAGUGAUCGUGGUAAUUGUCAUUUCUAUGGCCAAAUCAGUUCCACGACAACGAUGUGGCAAAAACGCAACUUCACAAGUUAUUUUUAUUCUCUCAUCGAUAAUCUAACAGUUCGGUUCAAUUUUUCAGCCUGGAUCGGUGGUUAUAGCUAUCAAGAUGACUAUGCUCAAGUAUUUCUGAUGUUUUUCAACCAAUCAAAUCAAAUGAUUGGCAAUAUUACGGUCAUUGGACCAGUACGAGCGUCAGAUCGUGGUGAUAUAACUUCACUCCUUUUUCGACAAGCAAAUGGGUCUGUGCCAAGUGGCACUCGUUCUUUUGAGACUUUCGUUCAGUUCAUUCGCACGAGCGGCACGUAUCAUAAUGGUGCUAUCGAUAAUAUUGUUCUUAUUCUGUACAAAUAA